AUGGUCGUGCUCCGCCUCACUCACCUCUUUGAUUGUCAAGAUGAGACAUCCGAAGCGAUGCGUAUCUCGGAACUCCCACAUCCCGUCGCCCUUCCACCACUGCUCGAACCUACCCCAUUGCAACGGCAGGUGCCACAUCCACCUUACGUCGAUUUGUUCCCCUUGCCCGGUCUCCGCGACGCUCUGAUUCAAGCAGAUGGCAAGUAUGACGACUGUGAGCUUUGCAUUGACCUGCUUGGCUCGAUAGCAGACCCACAAAUUCCGGGUUACUCGAAGUCCGAGGAUGAAGGCGAAAAUGCUCGCAAGGGUCUUGUCGUAUGGGGAGAGCCUUGGCGGGUUGACUCCUGGGAGGUUGAGGAAGGAUUCGUCAAGAAAUGGGGUUGGAUGCUGAAGGCCAACUGCGAACCACUGCUGCGAUCGACCGACAAAUGGAGAGAAGUGAGAGGCGACGAGCCUCUCAGGUGGAAAGAAUGGGGACUUUCUUCAUGA